GGCUGUCAGUAUAAAUUUGACACUGAAAGGAUGUCUUUCUCUCCAGGAAAUAAAAUUUAUUUCGUGUAUUUAUGUAAUAAAUGUUGCACUUCGUGUGCUAUAUUUAAACAAAAAAUGUGGGAGAUGUCAUUAUCAACAACAUAAAUCCCGUGAAUUUAUAACAUGAGGCACAUGUCUGUUGUGUUGUUUGCUGACUGGUUGCCAAAAUAAGAAAAUAAACUCCACCAUGACUUCAAGGCUGGACCGGCUGUUCGUGCUGCUGGAGACGGGCUCGUCGGCGGUGACGCGCCGGGCCGCGGCCCAGCAGCUGGGGGAGGUGCAGCGCCUGCACCCCCACGAGCUGCACAACCUGCUGGGGCGGAUAGCCGCCUACCUGCGCAGCCAGUCCUGGGACACGCGCAUCGCCGCCGGCCAGGCCGUCGAGGCCGUGCUGAGGAACGUGCCGCAGUGGGACCCGCCGGGGUGCAGCUUCAAGAGAGAGGGUGGCUCCCAACCGCUGUCGCUUUCUCAGGUGGGCCGUAUGAACUUCCAGAAGUUUGACAUGAGCAAGGUGCUUGCAAACGGGGCCUACCUCAUGGGUUCUGAAGGAAAGGAGUACGACACCGAAGAAGAGGCGACGGCUGGAAUUGACAUUCGAGAGAGAAUGGCUCGUCACAGACAGCAGCUGAAUGUGCGUCUUGGGUUGGACGUUGCAGCCAAAAUUGGCAUCGACAUGUCGGAAAUAUUUGGUGCGGAAGAUUUAGACGUUGUUCCUGCAGAAUUUCGUGCAAGCAGAACUGAUACCAAUAGGAAGACAGCUUGCGAAGUAGUGCAGCAAGAAUUGCUCUCACAAGCCAGCGGGCUGAGCUCUCGAGAGAUGAACCGCGCUCGCCGCAAGGCCCGCCAGAACAUGAUGAAGCAGCGCUCUCACGAAGGAGGAAGUGAGGGCGCAGAAGAACCCGAACAGAAGAAAGUGAAAACCGAAGAUUUGAGAGUGGACGAAUGGAUGUUCAGUGGAGAGAGCGUUCCAGAUGGCACCGGAUCUUGGGGUGAUGCAAUCGACUGGCCAUUUGAAAACUUUUGUGAUCAGCUGUGCCAGAACUUGUUCAGCCCGAGCUGGGAGAUACGGCAUGGGGCGGCCACGGCUAUCCGUGAGGUGAUCCGCAUCCAUGGGAAGGGCGCUGGCAAGUGCGCUGACUUAUCCAAAGCUGAGAUGGAGGAAAGUCAUCACCUUUGGUUGGAGGACGUUGCAUUGCGACUCGUGUGUGUGCUAGCCCUGGAUCGGUUCGGAGACUUCGUUUCAGACCAGGUGGUGGCUCCAGUCCGAGAGACGUGUGCUCAAGCUCUUGGGUCGGUGCUGCACCUGAUGAGCAUCGAGGGCGUGCGAGGAGUGCUGCACGUCCUGCUCCAGCUGCUCAGGCAGAGCGAGUGGGAGGCUCGGCACGGCGGCCUGCUGGGCAUCAAGUACCUGCUGGCGGUCAGGGAGGACCUGGUUGGAGCCCUGCUGCCCGAGGCCUUCCCGGCGGUGCUGAGCGGCCUGAGCGACCCCGUGGACGACGUGGGGGCGGUGGCGGCGGCCGCCCUCAUCCCGGUGUCGGCACGCCUGGUGUCGCAGCUGCCCGACCAGGUGGAGGCCACGGUGCAGCGCCUGUGGGACCUGCUGCUGGACCAGGACGAGCUGGCGGCGGCCUGCAACGGCUUCAUGGGGCUGCUGGCUGCCCUGCUGAGCCUGCCCGAGGCCCACCGCCUGCUGGGGCCGCAGCAGCCGCCCCUGGCCGGCGUCGCGCCUCGCCUCUGGCCGUUCCUGUCGCACGGCGCGUCGUCGGUGCGCCGCGCCACCCUGCAGACCCUGGGCACGCUGACCGGCACCGCCCCGCCGGGGACGCGCUGGGCGCCGCCCGUGCUGCAGGAGGCCCUCCGCCACAUCUUCCAGCGGGUGCUGGUCGAGCCCGUCGCCGACAUCCAGGAGUUAGCGGAGAAGGUGUGGGGCAACUUGGUGCGGAAAAGUGCCUUGGAGGACCUGCUUCUUGCUGCCUGUCCGUACGUCAGCACGUGGUUGUGCCUUGCGAUGCAGCCUGCCAAGCUGGCCAUCGACCCAGGGCUGCUGGUACACGCCAAGCCUCUCCACCGGGACAAGAAUCAGAGAAGACCCAGAGCAUUCGCUAAUCUGGAGCUCACUGGCAGCACUGUGAAGUGCGACCAGAAGCUGUACCUGGGAGGCUCCGAGACCACCCUUGCUUCCACCCGGGAGGCCAAUGUAGUCCGAGCACGCUGCAUGGCUAGCCGCAUGCUCGGCCUGCUGUCCUGCUACAUCGUACAGCCGGCCCCCGGGGUGGCGUACACGCCGCCGAUGGACAGUCCCGUGGGCUGCUUCGUCAAGGUGCUGCUGGUGUACCUCAACUCCAAGUCGGCGCUGCAGCGCAUGGUGGUGGGCCUGGUGAUCAUUGAGUGGGCGCGCCUGGACACGCUCACCAGCUCCUACCCGGAGGCGCUGGCGGCCCGCCUGCAGCAGUGCGUCGGCGAGUGCGUUUACUUCGACGAGCUGGCAGUGUCCUUCACGCGCUUGCUGCAGGAGGCUAACGACUUUGUCGCCAUGCUCAAGCACUACAAGCUGCCCCUGGACUACGACUCCUACAGCUCGGUGCUGACGUUCGACCAGAUCCAGCAGCUGAGCGGCCCGGUGGCCCAGAAGCUGCUGGCCACCAACAAGAUCAAGCCGAAGGCUGCCGACACACUCGAGGAACGCAGGAAGGCCAUACAGAACGCCGUGUCGCAGACCAGUUCCGACCACCUCCUGCUGAACAUCUCGACUCAGGCUGCGCUGGCGGGUGCUGUAACCACAAUUAAAUGCCUUCCAGAGAAGUUGAACCCUGUUGUGAAGCCUCUGAUGGAAUCUAUCAAGCGAGAGGAGAACGAACAACUGCAAAACCUGUCUGCACAGCAUCUUGCUAAGCUGAUGGACCUCUGCAUCGACCGAGUGCCGUGCCCCAACACCAAGAUUGUAUCCAACCUGUGUACAUUCCUACGCUCUGAUGCGGAGUUCACCCCUAAGAUUCAGUCCACCUGUGGGGAGGGCCCGAGCAGCGAAGGUGGUGUGGAGAGCAUCGGGGACUGUAAUCGCAACGGAACGCCAACUAGUCUCGGGAACAACUACUCUGGCAUUCUGACCCUUAUUAACCAGCAGAAGUCUGCGGAGCGGGCGGUGCUUCGCCGGUCAAAUUCGACGGGCGGUCGCGGCCCGGGGCGGCCUCCCAUUACUGACGUGCCGCUGGAUGAGCUUCUGCCUGUCGAGGACAAUGUACAGAAAAUGAACAAGAUCCAGCGUAGAGGUGCAUCAUAUGCGCUGACCGCCAUUUGUUCAUACUUCGGUGCAGAUUUGCCUGUUAAACUACCCAAGCUUUGGGACACAAUGAUUGGGCAUCUCAAAGAGGCAGUCGAUGUAGCAAAUUUCGAUCCGUCGUCGCUGAUGAACGGGAACCAGGCUGCAGAGGAGCUGGUAUCCAGCUUGCAGGUUCUGGAGGUGACUGCUCCCGCAGUGCACUCUGACCUCCUUCCACAGCUGCUGGAGUGCGUGCCGCACCUGUGCGCGCUGCUGACGCACCCGUACCGUGCGGUGCGCCACAUGGCGGCACGCUGCACGGGCACGCUCGCCUCCCUCUCGUCCGUGGCGGUGAUGUCGCAAGUCGUGGACCGCGUGCUGCCCCUGCUGGGGGCCACGCAGCUCGACGCCUGCCGCGAGGGCGCCGUCGAGGCUCUGGCCUGCGUCGCCGACAAGCUCCAGCUGGGCGUGGUGCCCUACGCCGUGCUGCUGGUGGUGCCGCUCCUAGGUCGCAUGAGUGACCAAAACCAGUCGGUGCGACUGAUGGCGACCCAUUGCUUCGCCACGCUGAUCCAGUUGAUGCCCCUGGAUGGCUGCAUCCCUAAUCCGCCGGGCAUGACUGCAAAGCUGACGGCACACAAGGAACGUGAGCGUAGAUUUCUGGAGCAGCUCUUCAGGCCGGAUACAAUCAGCAAUUACGAGGUGCCUGUGCCCAUCAACGCUGAGCUGCGUUCGUACCAGCAGGCAGGGGUAAACUGGCUGGCGUUCCUCAACAAGUACAAGCUGCACGGAAUCCUGUGUGACGACAUGGGUCUCGGCAAGACACUGCAGUCCAUCUGCAUCCUGGCCGGGGAUCACUACGACAGGAAACAGCAGUACUUGAAAACCAAGAACCCGGAUUGCACCUUGCUGCCCUCUAUUGUGAUCUGUCCGCCCACCCUGACGGGGCAUUGGGUGUACGAAGUGAAGAAGUUCCUGUCUUCAGAGUACCUCAACCCUUUGCAGUAUGUCGGUCCUCCAGUCGAGCGUGAAAAGCUUCGCACUCAGAUCAAGCAUCACAACUUGGUUGUUGCUUCGUACGACAUAGUGAGGAAGGACAUUGACUUCUUUAGUUCCAUAAAGUGGAAUUACUGUAUUCUGGAUGAAGGACAUGUAAUCAAGAAUGGAAAGACUAAGUCAUCAAAAGCAAUCAAGCAACUGUCUGCAAAUCAUAGACUGAUUCUGUCCGGGACGCCAAUCCAGAACAACGUUUUGGAGCUGUGGUCGCUCUUUGACUUUCUCAUGCCAGGCUUCCUUGGCACGGAGAAGCAAUUCACGGCUCGCUACAGCAAGCCUAUCCUGGCCAGCAGAGACCCCAAGAGCUCUGCCAAGGAUCAGGAGGCAGGUGCCCUUGCCAUGGAAUCGUUGCACCGUCAAGUUCUGCCAUUCUUGCUUCGUAGGAUAAAGGAAGAUGUUCUCAAGGACUUACCUGCGAAAAUUACUCAGGACUACUACUGUGAGCUCAGCCCUCUCCAGGAGCAGCUGUACGAGGACUUCUCCCGCUCGCAGGCCCACCAGUCCCUGCAAGAAUCCCUGGCAUACGCCACGAGCCCUGCUACCAUGCAAGGACACACCCACAUAUUCCAGGCGCUACGCUACCUGCAGAACGUGUGCAACCACCCCAAGCUGGUCCUGUCGCACCAGCACCCGGAGUUUGACCGCGUCAUCGCACAGCUCAAGAGCCAGAGCAGCAGCCUGUCUGACAUCCAGCACGCCGCCAAGCUCCCGGCGCUCAAGCAGCUGCUGCUCGACUGUGGCAUCGGGGUGCCUCCGGCUGAGACGCCGUGCGAGCUGAUGAUCAACCAGCACCGAGCGCUAAUCUUCUGCCAACUCAAGGCCAUGCUGGACAUUCUGGAGAAGGAUCUCUUCAAGACUCACAUGCCGAGCGUCAGCUACCUGCGACUGGACGGAAGCAUCCCUCCGGGCAUGCGCCACUCCGUAGUGGCUCGCUUCAACAAUGACCCUUCGAUCGACGUGCUGCUACUGACCACACAGGUCGGCGGCCUUGGCCUCAACCUGACCGGAGCCGACACGGUGAUAUUCGUGGAGCACGACUGGAACCCCAUGAAGGACUUGCAAGCGAUGGAUCGUGCCCAUCGCAUUGGCCAGAAGAAAGUGGUGAACGUGUAUAGGCUCAUUACGAAUGGCACACUUGAGGAGAAAAUUAUGGGUUUGCAGAAAUUCAAAAUGAUGACGGCUAACACUGUUAUCAAUCAUGAGAAUGCAAGCAUGGAGACAAUGGGCACUGAACAAUUGCUGGACCUGUUCUCCUUCAACGACAAGGUGAAGGCCGGCCGGGCGGGGCCGCAGGCGGGCGAUCUGUCCGGCAUCUCGAUGAAGACCGUCCUGGAGACGCUGCCCGAGCUGUGGGAGGACCGGCAGUACGAGGAGGAGUACGAUCUCUCCAGCUUCGUGCGCAACCUGCGUCAGUGACCUCCCUCUUGCCUCCCUCCCCCUCUCGCGCUCUCCAGGGCCUGGCCUCGCUCCCGCCGGCAGCUGGACAGCGUGAACCAUGACGAAACAGCUGCUCCCAUUUUCUAUGUCGGUAAAAGACGUGUUCAGCAUUGUAAUUCUUCCGUUAGGAAAUCGUGGAAAUGUUUUUAAUUUUACGUUUUAUUUUCUGUAAACAUGCCACGUAUUCCAUAAUUCAGGUCAAGGGUUUUUAAUGUGUACAUUUUAAACAGGUUCAACUUACCAAAUAAUUAUUCUUUAUCAGUUAGUGAAAAUUAUAUUACAGCGUCAUAACAUACAACUGUUGAAAAUAUUUUUUGUUUCAACGGGCUUGAAUUAUUUAAUAAAUGACUGUGAAUUCCAACCUGUUUGAUUCUUUAGAAAGACUUGCUUUAUUAUAUAUUUUUUUGGAUGCUGGAGUAAUAAGGAUAAGACACUCAUGCUGUAUUUUUAUUUUGAUUUUACGUAAUGCCAUUUCAUCACAGAGAAUAUAAUAAAGAUGGUUUGGUUGUAGACAAAAUGUAUAACAGAUAUUAACUAAGAUUUUUUUGUACGUGCUCGACUCAGUGGUUAAAUUUAAGUGGCAGAAUAUUCAUGCAAGCAUAUUCACGCUGUAAGUAACUUAUUUAUCCAUCUCCUGACAUAUGUGCAUGUUACUUUAGUUACAUAUUGAAUCACCCUUAUAAAUAAAAAACUUCUAAAUUUUCUUUAAUAAUAUUCACGUGGUAAUAGUCACAAUAGCAUCAAUUUAUAUUUUUCCUCUUUCCAUUUCUUCUAUUAGUAGACUUCUAUAAUUUUUAUUUCUUAUUGUGGAUGUACAUAUUAUUAUUCUGUUUUGUAAGUCCCCAUCUUAGUUUUAACAAAGAGUAGGUAAAUCAAUGGUCUUUUGAUCAAUUAUACACAAUUUGAAGAUUUUCAAUACUUUGUGUAAUUCACAAUGUGAAGUUUCUUUGACAGACUAAAAAUGGAGUUAGUUUUCCUUCAGCUUAGCCAGACCUAGUAAUGUAAUAAAUUAAUUUCAGUGAUAUUGCAGUACUUGUUGAUCUGUUAAUAUUAGUUAUCAAAUUGACUUCUUUUAUGAGUAGAGACCCAGAUUUUUUGCAGGUUCAUUUGAGUCAGGCUAAAAUAAGCAGUCUAGUGUUUUCUCUACCCUUAUCUGCCUUCCUAUUGGUUGAUAUAUUACUGCAGAACGUCGUCUUCUCUUGAGCAGGUUGAAAUGAUUCGGUCAGUCUUCUGCUAGUGGGUGGUAUACUGGCACAUAGUUGUUGAGGGAAGUGAAGAAACAAUUAUGAUCAAAUCAUCAAAGCAAUGUAAAGGUUUACAUGUUUGCAGUCUACCUUUCAACCAAAAGAAUCCGCUAACUUUCUGGGUGUCUAUUUAUGAUGCAAGUGGCAUUUUUGAUAUUUGGCAUUUGUCACUUUUGAGCAGAAAUUUGAUAAUGCUUUGAUCUUCUUCUUGUUUCUGUCCUCAGUGUGAUCUUUCUGUGUGCUUACUAUAAAUAUAUUUUUUUGCCCCUCAGUUUCAUUUAGUGUAGUCAUGUUUGAUUUGCUACCAUUUUUAUCCCUCUCAAAAUAAUUUUUUGAUUCCAGAAAAAUGCAUGCACAUACAAUUUCUAAAAUGUAUAAAUUGUGUCCACAAAUUCUCUUUUGGGUAACUUUGGUUUGAUCUCAACUUGUGUAUCCUAAAAAUUAAGUUGGACAACUUGUAAUAAGUCACUCAUCAAAGUGAAAAAUUUUAUAAAACUUGUGUGGUGACGUACUAGCAAAUUGGUAGCUUUUUUUUCUUGUCUAAUUUUCAAACUUGUGCUACUUAAAACAGCGGAAAUACAUAAUUGGUUUACUUAAUUGCUGCUUUCAGACAUCCAAGUUACAACCUUGUGCAUUUAGAAUUAUAUCUUAGUCUACUGAAUCUAUGAUCACUAACCGAAAUGUGUGCAACAUUGAAUCACAAGCACAACAUUUGACUUUACUGCCUUAGAAACCUAGCCAAGCACAUUAUUGUGUAGACAUGUCAUGUAUGAACAUACAAAAAAGAUUUUAAGUAAGUAAUUACUUAAUACACUUUAUUUUUAUUGAAAAUUACUUGUCUAAUAUGUUUCUCAACAUAUUUUCAUUGAAAACACCAUUGUUGUGUUGGAUUAUGUGAUUUUUUUUUCAAAUGAGAGUUGUUUAUUAGCUAUAAAAUUGAGUGAGGCCAGUUGUAAAAUGAUUUUUUUGACCACUAAUCUCAGACUUUGUAAUGUAAAAAUGUGCAACAUUAAAAUGUUGCUCACUUGGCAUAUUGCAUACGUACCGUAUUUACCCGCAUAUGGGUCACAGAGUUUAUGCCGAUUUUUUGUUAAAUAAAAUGUACUGCGACCCAUAUGCGAAAAUGUCCAUUUUGGGUUUAAAAAAAAAUUAACAUGGUAUUUUUGUGGUUGACUAUAUGCUUAAAUAACUAGCCUGUGUUGGUUUUUGGUAAAUAUGUUACAAUAAAUAUAAAUUGUUUAGUUAAAAUAAAUCAGCAGUGAGUGUAAAGGUGGCUGUCUGCCACUGGGCGGGCGCUCGGCAAGAGGGGAAUCUAAAAUUAAAUCAGACGGAGAGAGACAGAGACAGAGAGAGAGAAAGAGGGGAAGGGAGCGCGUGCGUGUGUGUUUUAGUGCGUGUGGCCACGCAGCAGUGUGUAUGGUUCUCCCUCCUUAACUCGUUGUGAACUGGCACGGUACACAGUUGUCACGUCUAUCUCAACAAUUUUUUUGUGAUGCAACCGUGUUUUUGCUUCAGAUUUUCUACGCUUUCUACUGCGUUUUUUCAUAUAUGGAAAACUGCUGUAAAGGGUGUGCUUGUUUUUAUUGAAUAAAAUAAAAAAAAACUGACAAGGAAAUAGCCUGCAGUCUUUUCUCUCAUGGGGAAAACAGGAAGGGAACCAUGGGUAUAAAAAAAUAGCAUUCUUUUCCUUUGUAUUUUUUGUUAGAUAGUGAAGGACAUCAGUGCCAUUUUUUACGUGGCAAUAAGCUGAGACACUGACCAUAAAGACUUCCCUUUUAUUCUACUGGAGACAGUUUUAUGGCGUGACUCAUAAGCGAGGGCAACCCUUACCGUAAAAAUGUUAAGAUUUUUUUGCCCAAAAUUAAGGGUGCAAUUGAUAUGACUCUUCUGCAGGUAAAUACGGUAUCGCAACAUGUUUUGUUUGUUUUCUGUGAAAAAUAUGCAAAAAAGCAGUGAAAUAUUUGCAUGAAAUGCAAAUUUUUGUAGUUACGUAACUUUUCCCGUGAGUAGUUUGUGUGUCGUCUGUAAUUAUUUUGCAGUAGUCACAGCUGUGUAGUUCCAAAAAAUGUACUUGAUUGUGCUCUUGUGAUUUCAUCCCAAGAUGUAUAUAAAGGAAGUGUUAUUACCUGAUAUGCCGACCAGUUUGUAGGACCUACACACGUCGGAUGUAACUGUACAAUUAAAAAAUUGUUUGUGGGUGUGUGUCUCCUAAAUGUUUUUAGAGGUUAAGUGUUUGAAAUAUGUGAUUUUAUGUUUGGUUUAGUGAUUUCACAACUACAAUAUGGUAAUCUAAAAUUUUCUUUUGUGGACCGUGUGCGGUUUAAGUUUUGUAUCUUGAUUUAUUUUAACCUGUUGAAGUCAAAGAACAUGUCCAUCAAACUGUGAUCUUUAAGUGUGCAUUAAAAAUUUUUAUAUUAAGCUAUAGUAA